CGCCUCGUCAUACCUUUGAGCACGUCGUCCUUACCGCCACCAACUGGCCACGGGCGCAAUCACUCAAAAGACAUCAGAGACACAUAUUUCAAGGGUGCCACCACAGAUCUCAUCAAGCAGGCAGUCAGACAGGAGGAACGGGAUGGCGGAUCACGACGGGGCCAACGGCGCGCCCUCGGGCUCAGAGGCUGGUCCUUCUGGAACUCAACAGCAACAGCAACAGUCAAUCAGCAGCACAUCAUCCUCCUCCUCCUCACCAGCACAGGCACAGGCACCACCCGCUGCUACCGCGCCAACGUGCGCGCACUGCGGCAAGCACGAGACAUCGGCGGACCCGGAGGAGAACCCGGCCCUGAAGCCCUGCAUCUCGUGCAAGUCGGUCGCGUACUGCUCGCGCGAGUGUAAAAAAGCAGACACCAAGAAGCACAAGAAGCUGUGCCCGGAGCUCGCGCAGCAGUGGCACAAGACGCACACGGUCAAGCUGGCGUCUUCUGGUGGUGGCGGUGGGAGGAAAGCCCCCGGGGAGGGGCACCAGAGGGGCUUGCAGAAGUGGCAGUUUGAUACGUGAGACUUGACAACAACCACUUACCCUGGGAGAAGGGGGGCAGGUUCUCGGUUGGAGAAAAAGUCAUGUUGCAAGCGAGUGUUUCACGUGAGUUGUGGUGUGGAAGUGGAAAGGGGUUUUGAGGGAGGCCUGCGUCAUGGUUGUCCAAGAGGCGUGGAAACGAGUGAUGGAAGCUAUAACGAAGUCUAUGGUUGGAAAU